AUGAGAUCCCCUCGAUGCUGGUCUGAGGGAUGCGAAGCCAGGAAAGAGAUGGCCAAGUGCAUCGGUGAGAAGUGUGACGAGCGGUGGAGGUCGAAAUAUGGGAUCCAGGUUUAUGUGGGCUCGCAUGCUUUGGGACAGUGGAUGAAACUGUUGGGCAGCUGGGCCCUCGUGACGUGGGGCGAUGAGCUCUGGAUAUCGCUGUACCGCGUGCCGUUUCCCAAGAAGUCUAAGGACCCGCUGCCACCCCCCAGGUCCAAGGACCCAAAAGACUACGUCGCGCAGAGUGGUGGCCGGAGCACUGAAAAUCUCCUCCCUCCCCCGCAAUCAAAGGAUCGCGUUGCCCCGCUCUAUCCUGUGCAGGACACCACCUACUCCAAGGCUCCAGUCCGACCUCCGAUGUCAAAACAUCCGCUGGCAGACCAAGAACUUCUCCCUCCUCCGCGUCCGCGGUCAAAGUAG